UAAAUACCAACCUUUGUAUAUGCCACAGAUAAAUAUUAUAGAUUAAAAAAAUAACCAUACAAAAAAAAACAAAAUGAAAAUUCUUUCACUCUCACUUCUCUUGUUCUUGACCGCUACGGUCUCCCACAGCCGGCCUUCAGAACCCGUUCCUAGGCUCAUCGAGCUCUUCACAUCAACAAAAAUCGUUGAGAAUGAAGCCGAGUUCUUAGAGAAACAACGACUCUCCAUCAGCUGGCACCUUGGUGUCGAGACCUCUAACAUCAUAAACUUCAAGACGGUGUUCGCAAAUUGCAAAGACUAUGUUGAAGACUAUCUGAAAACUUCCCAACAGUACCGUUACGACUCUAAAACGGUGUGCAAAGAAGCUUAUUUCUACGCUAAAGACCUUGUCCUAAGGAAUGACACCUACAAUGUUUGGAUCUUUGACUUAGACGAGACCCUCCUCUCUAAUAUUCCCUUUUACGCCAAAUAUGGAUACGGAACAGAGAAGCAUGAACCGGAGACGUUCAGGAAGUGGUUGGAGGCCGGAGAAGCUCCCGUCCUCCCAGAGACCUUGCAUCUUUACCAAAACAUCCUUGAACUCUGGAUUAGCCCCGUCUUACUCACUGAACGAUUCCAAGAUUUGGAGGAAGUCACUCUAAAGAAUCUCAAAGCUGCUGGCUUCCCCUACUGGAGGCAUGUCUUUUUCAAGGAAUGUAGGCCAACAGGCUCGAGCAAGAAGAUAGCGAACUUCAAUCAAAGGAGAAGAAGAAUCUGGAGAGGAAUGGCCACACUAUCAUUGGGAAUAUUGGAGACCAAUGGGCUGAUUUGGCUAAGGACAGCCCUGGGAGAAGGACUUUUAAGCUCCCUAAUCCACUCUACUACAAGAUCUAAUAAAGAUCAUGCAUCAACCUUGUAUGUUUUUUUUUUUUAUCUUUGUAUCCCCGUGGUUGCUACUUGCUAGUGCAAAUUCUAAAAUAAAACUUUAAUAUUAU